GGAGCGCGGCACCUUGCGGAGACGCGCAGGAACCGGAGCGCGGCACCGGGGCCACGAGCGCGAAGCCUCGCGUUGUUUGUCAGUGAUGUAGAGAAAAAGGAGUUGAUCUUUAAUUAAAAAACAAACAGGCAGCUGGACCCAUGACCCUGACACGAGGCUCCUUCAGCUACUCCAACGGCGAGGAGUACCACGGCGAAUGGAAAGAAGGGCUGCGUCACGGCCUGGGUCAGCUGACCUUCAGCGACGGGACGUGCUACACGGGGCAGUUCGAGAACGGCCUCUUCAGCGGCUGCGGCGUGCUGGUCUUCGCCGACGGCUCCAGGUAUGAAGGAGAAUUCGUUCAGGGUAAAUUUCAGGGCGCCGGCGUCUUCGCUCACUUCGACGGGAUGAGGUUCGAAGGCGAGUUCCGGACCGGAUGUGUGGACGGAUACGGAGUCCUGACGCCCGCGGACGGGGGCCCCGGCGGCGGCGGGGGGGGCCACGAGGGCCUGUUUGAGACCAACCAGCUGAGGAGGAGGGAGAGCAGCGCGGGCGCCGUGCAGAGAGCGCAGGCCGCCGCCGCCAAGGCCCGGGCGCUGGCCAUGUGAGGCGGCGGACCCCCCCCCCUCCAGUUACCCUUUACAUCAGUGGGACCCCUGGAGUCAGACUCUGGGUCAGCUGAUCCACACACACACAGAACCCUGGUCCUGCAUCUGCUUCGGGCUCAUAGAAAACACACAACUCUUCAGACGUGCACAAUGACAAUGACAUCGUCUUUUUGACACUGUGAACAUCUGUCCGUCACAGCACCGUUUAACUCCUUCUGACCGCUUUGGUGUUUAAAUCGGAAUUAUUAUUAUCAUUAUUAUUAUUGUUACUAUAAGUGUGAGCGGUGUCUUUUUGACUUUCACUCAGUGCCGUUACAGCUCGUGUCUGAUCAGUGGGGGGACGCACCCCCCCCCCCCCCCCUCAGUGCCGGCUGGAGGGAGACCCGAGUCACCAGGUCAAACUCAUUCUUAACUCAACUUUUGUGUCAGACUGAUUUUCACAGAAAAAAAGGCCGGCUGUGAUUGGUCGCCCUCGUCACAUGACGCGCUCUGGAGGGUUUAUUCUCUACUUGAUCCACAGCCUUCAGUUUGGAAGUAAGCUUCUCUAUUUUCACUUGAUAACCUCAAAAUAACUGAGCUUUAGUUCAGAAAGCAGGGCUUCUUUUGUUGUGCACAUUAAUCGGUUUUCUACCUAAAUGUAAAUGUGAGUGAGUGAGUUAGAGGACUAAGUAUUGCAUCCAGUCCCAGGUUAUUCAUAUGAAGUGGCCUGAUAGUAUCAUGCAAACUACAUUAGAUAGAAUAAAUACUAAUGCAGGUAUUACGUAUGAGGUGAGCAUCUCACACAGAAUGAAGAAUAUCAGAGAUCCCAGAACACAACAGUUACAUUUACUCCUAACAAACGUCCCUUUAGGUGAUGAUACUUUUAAGCACAUUCCUUCUCUGUCCUGUAAAUGCACUUCACAAACACACAUCUACUUCCUUUUCUACUUUGAAUUUAACGUUGUUCCAACAAACCACCAACUACCAACUUGAUGUGUGUGUAGACUGUGUUUGUAGAUGUGUGUGUAGACUGUGUAGAUGUGUGUGUAGACUGUGUGUAGAUGUGUGUGUAGACUGUGUAGAUGUGUGUGUAGACUGUG